AGCCACAAAACUUAACAGAAAGUAAACAAUCGAGUGGCAGAGAAGGCGACGGCGACGAAGACGAAGGCGGUGGAACAGUCCACAGAGGUGGCAACUUCUCAGCGUUAGCAAUCCCCAACGAAUACAACAAUAGAAUGCCAAGAGACCAUCGACACAUGAUGGCCAUGUGGCUGGCAUUGCUGCUGCUGCUCAUCCAAACAACAGGGGCGCAGCACGAGAGCAUCUCCCAGAUCUCCCCCAAGUCGAGCAGCCAGCGCAAUGAUCGCCUGAGCAUUGAGAGCACCAUUGCGGACUCCAUCAAUGGCCUGGCGGAGAGCCAGUCCACGCUGCAGCAGGACCAGGACCAGCACCAGGACCAGGACAAUGAGAACGAGACGCGUGCGGAGCGUGUGGAGCGUUCGGCGUCGCCCAUUCUGCACGAGCAGCACCACCAGCAGCAGCUCGGACCACCUGGCAAGGCCCACCUGGGACCCAACGAUGUGAACUACCGCGAGGAUCAGCAGAAGGAUGUGUCCGCGGGCAGAUACUUCCACUACAACAUCAAGCCCACGGGCACGUACGACGGCCAGGAGGAGCAGCCCGAGCAGACGCAGAGAACCAGAGCGGGGAAGACGUUAACGGGGAGCAGCAGCACAGGCAGCAGCAGCAGCAGCAGCAGCAGCUUGGAGCAGUCUUUUUUAGGGGCGGGGGACCUGCGACCGCUUACGUCGGGGUCCCCGCCCAUCAGGCCGAGCCCGAGUCCGAGUCCGAGCAGUACUGCCACCUCGGGCACGGCGAGCAGUGCCACCCAGGCGCCGCAUAGUCCCCGGCAGAACGGCAACCCGGACAUCCAGGACAUCAUCACGGGCAUCGUGAAGCUGCUCAACGGCAACGUCAAUGUCCAUGCCAACACGCAGGGCGUCGUCCGCCGCCCCUCGGCCAGCAGGAUCAACAACCGCGGACCGCCGCGCAUCUCGGAGACGCAGAAUCUGCCGCCCAUCGACUACGAGGCACAGAAGCCGGGCACCUCCAUGCGUCCGCCGCCCUACCCCUUCGACCGACCGGAGCGGCCCUUCAUCACGGGCGUGCCCAUCCCCGAGCAGAUUGUGCCGCUGCGGCCGGGCUUCGUGAGCAAUCGGCCGCCCUGGUACCGCAACAAGCCGCGGCCGCCGAUCACGACGAGCGUGGGUGGCAGUCGUCGCCCGCUGCCGCAGUACAAGCCGCUGCCAGCGCCGCAGGUUGUGCCGCAGGUGGCCCAAGAGCCCCAGCAGCAGUCUCCCGCGUUGCAGCAGCCGCUGGAGGACGCGGUGCUGCCCACGGACACCACCUACGACUCGGAGUUCUCCAACGAGGAUGCCAAUGCGCAGUACAUCGAAGUCUCGGACCAAGACACAGAUGCCACUGGGGGUGGUGGCGAGGUGGAGGAUGAGCUGCCGCCGCCUUCCACCUCACCCAAUCCACCCUCGACCACGCCCACAGCGCCCAAGAAGAAGCACAAGCCGAAGCCAGAGAAGAAAAAGCAGGAGCAGCAGCAGCCAGUCGAUGGUCUCUACACCACCAUCGUGGAGACGAGCUCCGUGGUGCACACCGUCUUGGGUGGCAUGUCCUCCGCCAGCUCCUCCGCGUACGUGCCCAUGCCCAUGGACAGCUCCGAGGGCCUGGACUUGGAUCCCUCCACAGAGGAGGUGAUCUUCAUGACGGCCAAUCGCACGCCCGGACUGGAGACGAGUCCCAGCUCGGCUCUGAGCAGCAGCAGCAGCAGCAGCAGCAGCAGCACGACGGCCACACCGUUGCUCGCCAUUGAAACUUCCAGCAGCAGCAGCAGCAGCACCUCCACCACGAGUUCCACCUCCACCUCCACCUCCACCACUUCCACCUCCACCACAACCACCUCAACCACAACCACCACGAGCGAACAGCCGCCCAGUUCCAGUUCCAGUCCCAGUUCCACUACCAGUUCCACUGCUAACACAAGUGCCACACCGCCUGCCAAUCCCUACCAUCCCCGACCCGGCAUCGUGCUGGACGAUCCCGAAUUCAAGCCAGGGGGCCGGCCGCGCCCCGCUGCCGCUGCCGUGCAGCCCAAGCCGCCCAUACAGCCCACACGACAGCAGCUGCCGCCCGGCUAUGGCGAGAUCUUCGACGUGACACUGUCGGCCAUUCAGGGCCCGGGGCCCAAGGGCAGCGGCUCCAAGCAGACAAUCAACAUUAAGCCGUACGGAGGGUACGGCGCAGGACAGGCACAGGGACAGGCACAGGGACAGGGACUGCGGCAGGAUGACAUCAUUGUGUCGGCAGCAGAUGCGCCCGCUGGCAGCGGCACAACACCAGCGACACGGCUGCCACAGCUGCCACAGCUGCCACAGCUGCCAGGCUCAAGUCCGGGAGUGGCUGCCUCGUCUCCACCCGCGAAUGCCGUCACUCAGAGCAGCGGCGGCUAUGUGGUGCCCGAAACGGAAGUGGUGGAUCUGCAGGGACAAAGUCAAUCCACGGGAGCUGCUGGUGCCGGUGCCGGUGCAAGUGCAGGAGCAGCCACAACAAAUGCGGGACCCACGCGGCCGCACUAUCGCCAGCGUCCGACGCCGCCGCCUGUGCGGAUUGACACGUGCAUCGUGGGCGAUGACUCGACGUGCGAUCAGGCGCAGCACGAGCGCUGCAAGACGGACAGCGGCGUGUCCAGUUGUCACUGCAGGCCAGGCUACUCCCGUCGCAAGCAUCGCGAGCCGUGUCGCCGCGUCAUCUCCUUCCAUUUGGGCCUGCGCGUGGAUCGCAUCUACGAGCAUCGCAUCGUGUGGGAUCACAAGCUGAUGGAUCGCCACAGCGAAGCCUUCGGGCAGCUCAGCUACGAGUCCAUUAGAGCGCUCGACUCGGCCAUGUCCAUGACGCCCUAUUCGGAUGAGUUUAUGGAGGCCAAGGUGAACAAUAUCUAUCGCGGAGAUCCCAAUCUGGGUGGCAACGGCGUCUACGUGAACAUGACCCUAAAGCUGGACGAGAGCGUGGAGACCUUGCGCCCGAAUCUACGCAGCGAUGUGCAGAAGCAUCUGCUGGGCGUGCUGCACCGCCGGAACAACAACAUUGGCAACUCCGUGCUGUAUGUGAGCUCGCCCGAGGGCGCCGUCUCGCCGCUGCAGGAUCUCGACGAGUGCCAGUCGCCGGAGCUGAACGACUGCCAUCCCGGCGCCACGUGCAGCAACACUUGGGGCAGCUUCCGCUGCGCCUGCGAGGCGGGUUUGCGCGAUCCUUGGGCCGAUCAGCCGCAGCGUGCGGGCCGCGAGUGUCAGGCGUGUCUGGACUCGUACUGCAACAACCACGGCAGCUGCAGCUACAGCGACGAGGGCAGCCAGCUGUGCACCUGCGACUCCAGCCACUACGGCGCUCAGUGCGAGAUCGAUGGCGAGGUGCUGGGCGUGGCCAUAGGCGCCUCCGUGGCGGCCAUUGUCAUCAUUGUCCUAACACUCGUUUGCCUCAUCAUGUGGUCCCGUCGCUGGCAGCGCGAGCAAAAGAAUGCCAUGGGCUCGCCCGUCUUCGGGUACAUGAACACGGCGCCCCUGAAGUCUGCCGCGGGACUGCCGCAGGCGGGCUACCAAGUGACGCUGGAGGACCGCAUGCGCUGGGCACAGAUAGCGGAUGUGAUGGCCCAAACGAAUCACUACGGGGUGAGCUGCGAGUUGCCUUAAAACCGCUCCAAAUCUCUAAGUUGUUUCGCUUUGCAGGCGGAGCCCAUUGGACCCACGCGUCCCUCCUCGGCCAUGUUUGCCUACCCCAACCUGGGGGCCAUGGGCAUGGGCAUGGGCAUGGGCACGCUGGGCGGCAUGUCGCUGCAGAGCACCAUGCAAAUGCACCCGAGCGCCAGUCUGGCACCGCCAGUGCCAUUACCCAGAAGACUUGGCCUGGGCCCGCGCUCGAAUGGCAUGCGCACGCUGGAGAACAGCAGCUCCAGCGAGGAGGAGGAUCGCGCGGACUUGCUGGGCCGCAACUUCCAAGUGCCACGCCCCAAGAGUCGCAGCAAUGGCAGCAUAGCGAACCAAUCUGGCAUCUAUUACGAUGUGGACUACGAGCCGUCGGGCAAUGGCAUUGGCAACAGCAGCGUGGAUCAUCUGUACGGCUCGCAGAACCAGUCCGUGACGCAUUCCGCGGGGAACAAUCACAUGCCCGGGCCACAGGGCAUACCCAUGACCACCUACACCUCCGGGCGGGCGCCCAGCAGCUACUACAUGAAGUGACCCCACGCAGCACCCGCCACCCGUUGGGACUGGAUCAGAGCGCAUCCCAGCCAGCCCAGCCAGCCCAGUUAACCCUGUACAUAGGCAGCAACUCCCUCCCCUCCCCCCCUCAGUGUAGGUUUAGUGUAGGUUCCCGCGCUUUGGCCUAAAAUCAAUUUCCACUGCAAGUCCCCGCGGCGACUGCAGCUGAGAUGCGAUUUUGUGUCCUGCCCCCCCUUAGCAGCAUGAGAAGCGUAGACUUAGCCUCGAUUUAGCACAACAACUAAUCAUUAAUUGUAAACUUUAAACUUUAAACUAAAACUAAACUUAAAUUAUUGAAGUUGCAGUCAAAAACGCAUGAAAUUAGCCUUAGUUUGUAGCUGUAUUUAGUUUGUGUGCAUGUAAAUAAAUGAAUAAAAGACCUUAGUGUUAAAU